AUGGGAUUCAAAGACACUGGCAAGACCCUUGUGCAGCCUGAAGUGGCUAUUCACUGGAACCGAAUCACCCUCGCCAGCUGCAGUGUGAUAUCAUUCCAGAAAGUGUGUGCUGACCUAAUUAGAGGAGCCAAAGAAAACUUGAAAGUGAAGGGACCUGUUCGAACGCCCAUGAAGACACUUCCUAUAACAACUAGAAAAACUCCUUGCAGUGAAGGUUCAAAGACUUGGAAUGGGUUCCAGAUGAGAAUCCAGAAAAGCCUUAUUGAUUUGCACAGUCCUUCUGAAAUUGCUAAACAGAUCACUUCUAUCACCAUUGAGCCAGGUGUAGAAGUUGCAGUCACUGUUGCAGAUGACUAG